AUGCUUAUGAAAGAGGAGAUGGCGAGCGGCGUGGACGAGCGCGUGGCGGCGUUGGAGGCGAAGCUGAGGGAGCAGGGCGACGCCAUGGCUGCCAUGCAGCGCGACAUGGCGGACAUGCGCCGCACCAUGGCGGCGGAGGUGGAGUCCACAAAGGGGCGCAUCAACGACUUGGAGGCGGAACUCGCGGCGUUCAAGGACGGCCGCGCGGAGAAGAGCCGCGACGAGCGCGAGGAGAGCAGCGCGGGGAAGCGGCGGAAGAGGGAGGAGUCGCCGGGGAAAGAGGUGGAGAUGGCAUUAGCCGCGGAAGGAGGGGAAGUCGCCGGAGAAGGGGGCAUCGCUGGUGCUGCUGCGGACGCCGAGCCGAAGCUUACUGUCGGUGGUAGUGCCGCCGAAGGAAAGGGGGAUGAGGCGGAAAGCGAGAGCGAGGAGGAGUGGGGGGCGAAUGGAGAGGAGGACUUCGACGGCGAGGCUGAACUGCAGGAGCUGUGUGACCGCGUGGUGGCGCUGGAGAAGCGAACGGCGGUGGAAGAACUGAGGAAAGCGGUUGGAGGCAAGACGUGGGAGGCACUGCUGACGCUGUGGAGCAAAGUGUCUCCGAACGAGACUCGCAUGGAUAUCAGUGAUGACUACCUCACCGACGCUGCUCUCUCUCAACUCGCCUCCUUUCGUUCUCUCACGUCGCUCGACCUUUCUGGAUCCUCCGGCUUCACUGCAGAGAGGGUAACACAGUUCUUCUGCCUCACAGGUCUCACAUUCCUGAAUCUGGCACAGACAAAUGCAACGGACGCUUCUCUUGAAGGUAUCAGCAGCCUGAAACAUCUCAACACACUCUAUCUUAGUAUGACCAAGAUAACCGAUGCUGGAAUCGCGAAGCUGCGGGGGUUGACUGCAUUAGUGUCUCUGGCCUUGAAUGACUGCGAGUCGGUCACCUCUGCGAGCAUGGUGCACGUGGGAAAACUGACAUCACUGGAGUUCCUCUGGCUGAGUGGCAGUGGAGUGAGGGAGGAUGGGCUGAAGCAGCUGACGACUCUCACCUCCCUGAAACUUUUCAGCUUGCCUUCAGGUGUGACCGAUUCCAGCAUGAAGCAUCUGAGGAACCUGACACGCCUGGAGAAGCUGGAGCUGUGGAAUGCUCGAAUCACUGCUGCCGGUGUCAAGUGGCUGAACGGGCUUAAUAGCCUCAAGGUGAUUGGGACAGAAGCUGAAGAUGUUGAAGGGCUGAUUAGGGACGGCCUUCCUGGAAUGAUAGUCACAGAUAGUACAAUCCUGGAAUGA